AUGGACCAGAACCUCCCUAUCGACGUUCUUGAUUACAUUCUGUCCUCUAUACUCGACUUGCGCACCUUGUGCUCCACCGUGCAGGUCUCCAAGCGCUUGAACACCGUAUACAAAGCCCGACAGCGCUCGUUGCGCGCGGCUGUGGCGCGCAAUGAAGUCGGGCCUGCACUUCCGGCUGCCCUGAGGCUCGCACGCUAUGACACUGAUGCACAGAUGGUCUGGCAAGACUUUAAUUGGCAGGGGUUCACGGAGGACAGUGACUAUGAGAUUGACUGGGCGCUUGCACAAGAGCUAAGCGCUAAUGCGGAGGCUAUGUGCGAAUUUGAGAGUCUAUACAGUCAGAUGUUUAAGGACUGCAGAAAUAAGACUUCUCAGCUCACCGUGUCUGAAUCACGCAAGUUCGCGCGCGCACUGUAUCGGUUGGGGUUGUACUUCAAGCGAUGGAGCAACGACUGGGAGAGCCACUUAGAUGAACGCGUCUGGGAUGAAGAUGACGAUCCGGAAGACGAAGAUGACGACGGCGAAAAGCGCGAAUGGGAGGAGACGGCAAAGUCUAUGCGAGAAGACCAGUUGAUCUUCCUGAAGUCUACUGCGUCGACAGAUGAAGAGCGCCGGGAGUUGUGUGCCGCCUUCGUCUUCUUGCGCGACCAUGCCUUUCCGUGGGCUUACACGACCUUUGGAACAACCUACGCCACGAACUACAUACCCGACAGCAUCCAGUUCAAUGAUAUGCGGGCGUUGGCCAGAGUGCUAUCCCGCCGAGAGCAUCACUCAUAUCCUGGCUCUCAACUUCCUUUCGAGAAUUCUGAUGUCACCGCCGAGCUUGUCCCCCCUAUCGUCAAUCGGCUCGGUAUAGAUGUUACGACCAUCGAACCGACUCUCCUGCUAGAUGGCCCCACGCGCAACGAUCCCUGUGAUCAUUGCGGAGAGUUAUCCGGACAGAAGCUUUUCACCGAAUCCAAUUGGUACCUACUAUACGGCUAUAUCUCACUCCGUGAGAUAUGCUCAACGGGCUUCAAGGGCAACUUGAUGCGGAAUCUGGCUGAGGCAUCAAGGAUCAACAUUUACUUCAAUGCGCAAGCAUUCUCCUUGCCUGCCUUCCUAAGAGAGAUCUUCGACGGUGCAGCGGCGCGAGGCGUUGCGGGCGCCGACAAGAACCUGUUACUAUGUUUGAAAUGCGUGCAGGGCGUCGUUGAAGCACAGGCGAUGAACUGGUGGUUGGACCGCAAGCGCGCUGAAGGUCAAACGAUUGGCGAUGACUGUUGGUACGGUUACGAGUGCCGUACACAAACCCACAAGGCAGGGCAUGCUGGAAGACUCAAUCACUUCUGUUUGAACAAGGGGAAACCAGGACCACCGGCACCCACUGUACUUUUACCCUCAUCGCACGUUCCGCACCCACCUGCCAACCAGCCACCGUUACCUUGA